AUGAGUCCCAAGUUCUCAGAAGCAAAGAAAAUUAUCCAAGAAAGAUUAUAUGUGAGGGGUUUUCAUUUGUGGUUGCUGUCUCUGUUGAGCAUCUCUUAAUUUUGCCACUUUCACGAAAGCCGGUUAUAUUUUUCUUUAUUGCUGAUUUAUCUGCUCCCCAACUCUUCUCUUAACCCGUGAGGCAUUUUACGCAUGAUUCCGAAUCCGCCUUUCCGAAUUUUUUAUACCCAUGUAGUAGGUUUAUACUGACUCUAAUCUCUUCCUGUAUAAAUGAGAUCACAAAGUAACCUGCACGUAAGUUUACUGACUAUUCAGCUUUUGCUCAACUUUGUAGAAAAUUGCGGUCCGUUCAAGGCGCAAUGAAAUAACUCUAAUCAUCUUCCACAUCUUUGCAGAAUUGAAUGAUUUUUUUUUACUAUCGGGUUUUUACUGUGCACCGUGUCAUGCAAACUGAAUUGUUCCCAGUACAGUCUGUUUUGAUCACUCUAAAAGGGAAUAGAAAACACCCAUUUUUUGAAUCCUUACGGAGUGUUGAAGCAGAAGCAUCUUUGUAUCGGCAGUUUUGCCAAAGCACCUAAACAGUGUGCAUAUCUUGAAAUAUUAUCUAGAGACAUGGCAAUUUUGCUCAUCAUCUUCUGUCUGUAACUAAAGGAGAACGACUGAAUCCUAAACAAAAAUCAAUUUUCGAAUGUGAAAAACUACUUGAUCCUGACAACAACGUCUUCUAUUUUUGAGAGGCGAUGGGAUAACUCCUGGUUCUUAUCUCCUCUGACUACUUUUGUGACAUAGAAGGAUGGUAAUUAGUGUCCCCUAUCCUGUGGGCUGGGCCAGAUUUCGGUCGACGGGACCAUAGCCCAGUUCGAGAGGUCGUUCGGUCUUAUUUCAUCAAGGAUUAAGUAUGUGUGCGGCGUAAACGAAUACUAACUGUUGUUCAAUAAAUUCGCCUGCCUUUUAACUCUUCUGCUUUACUGGCCGACGUGUGCAUUCUAUCCAACAGCAUUUUUACUACCUGACUGCUCUCCGCGUCGGACUUUUUCUUAAAGAUGGGCUUUCCUCUUACCGAAGAGUCACGUGGGGGGAGUACAUAACAAUGAAACAAUGUAGACAUUUCAGCAGUGCCAACGCUUCGGGGCGGCACAGGUCAACGAAUAUCAUCUUGCCGACGAAGGGCCGACCAAAAACUACCGAACAACACCCACUUUUUAAAAUAGCAUAGGCAGUUCUCCGUAGUUCUUCCUUACCCCGAGCACAUACUUAACCCUUACCACUAUUUCUAACGCAAGUAAAUUUUUAAUACAGACAGGGUGCGCACAUCCCUUGUGCAGAUCAUCCUGUAGAAGUAAUUUCCCAAGGAAACUACUUCCCAUGCACUUUGAAAACUUACUCCUCAGGAAACGUGCUUUUAAUCAUCCCCGACAACAGUGUAUGGAAGAAAAUUAUUAUGUUUGGCAAUUGUGUUUUACCCAUUUAGGGUCAAUAGGAAUUUGUUCAAACUUCUUAUUCAGAAUUGGUGUCAUUUUCUCUCUUGAAGCCGUUUUGAAAGGAAGUGUUUUUUCUUUAAAUUGUGCCUUAGAAAUUAGGAAGUAUUGCUGGUUUCAAAAGUUCCCUAACUCGUCUGUUCUAUUUAAAACGGCCCACAUUUUCACCUCCGCCAAUUUUCCCCUUUCUGGAGUACACGUACAUGGAAACAUUAUCAAAAAUUGACGAUCGUUGCCGGGGCGUGACACCCUGGACUACAUAAGAUCAUGAGACCAAAGCAUGUUCAAGUUGACAUCCAAUAAAGUUUCUAACUUAUAGUUAUCAAUAUUUUUUCUUGGGAAGUCUUAAUCUCCCAAAAAAUCUGCAACAAAUUUUGUUUCGACAGCUUCUUCUGCAAAGAAUAAUUUCCUCUUUUUCCUCUUUUUGAACAUCACUCAAGAACAUAUUUGCUGUCGGGAAAAUGUCCGUUCUGAGAGGAGUUUCGGUUUAUUUCAGUUUAUCUGUUACGGAUAACAGGCAAUGCCUUUGAAAACACUUCGUUAUAUACAGCUGUGCACGGACAACUGGAAUUGUUAUUGUUAAAACAGUACUUAUAUGAUGCAAGUAGCAUUGUUUAAAAACUUCCUGAGGUAUGCGGAUGUUUAUCUCAGGUUCAGACUGUCGAAGGAGAAUAGUGGACUGCGCAAACACGCCGUUACGUCAAAAACCAUCUGACGGAAUGCUUCUAAUUGCGUCGUAAUGUACCGUGAAUUUCUUUGACAAAUCGCAUUGAGUUAUUUCCGUCCACGUUUCAUGACACUUUACGCAACGGGCAUGUAUUUCAGGCGGACAACUACAUUCAUUUUUUAGUUUUAUCUGGUAAAACUACUGCAGCAUUUGAAGUGGGCUGCCUCCCGUUCGAAUUAAUUUCGGUCGAAUAUGCAUUUUUAUUAUGGAUACUUUUUGGAUAGUGUGUUCGUUGUGUGGUCACGCAUUAAAAUGGGCGGUGUCGUUUUUAAUCACCUUCCAGGUCAUUAUUUUACAUAGAAAACAGGUCAUCUGUAGCAAUGUCGUACUAAAUUGCACUAAUUUAAAGACUCUUUCCUGAAAUUAAAAACCGCAAACGAAAUAUCGUGAGAAGUUGGGCUCCCACAAGAGUCCUUCACUGGCAAUAGGAAUGACGGGGAAAAAACGACCUCUACGUGUUGAAGCCAAUCAACGAUCAUUGUCGCGAAUUCGGUGUUAUCUACGCUAAGCAGCAUGUGGGUGGUUCAUUGAUACACGUAUUGGUCACAGACGCUAUGUACAAGCCGAUGUAACCACUCAAAUAUCAGUGUUAUUAACUCUAUUGAUAGUUUCGCACGCAGCUAUGAGUGCGAUCCGACAGCUACUCUGGCGCUUGGCCGACCUUUACAUAAACUACUAUGUCGCCGAAGACGCAUUUGCCAUCUUCAAAAAAUUCGGUAUAUACGCAAAGAACAAGGAUCGUUUGAAGGGAGAACAAGCAGUCUGGGAGCGUUUUGCAUGAAAAUAAGCUUGACAUCGACCACGCUGUGUGCUGUAUACGCUCUCCGCUGAUGUUGAGGCUUCGUGCGAGCCUUACUGGGGAACACUGGGCAAAAAUUGUAACCAAAUCGCUUGCACGAAUUUGUGAAGUGUGAAACUCCCCGCCGGAUCUCGUUGCCUGUUCUAAUCGUAAAAUAUGUCAAAACAUUCCCAAAUUCAGUAUGGUUGCCUAGAGAUGUUAGGAUUAUUUCAAGAAUUCCUUUAGCUAAUGAAGCAAAAUGUAGCAUAAUUUUCAUCCUCAAAAAUAUAUUGUCUUUCUAUUUCACUGGUUUUCCAUAGGCAAACCAAAACGUCCUCGUAAUUUCUCUGGGGUCAAUGCGCUUCUAACUAAUAAAUGUAUCCCUCAAGGUUUUAUCUAACAUUAACAUCAGUUAGUAGGUUGAACUUUGCUUCUACAACAGGAGGAACUCUUCCUGGAAAUCGACAGAGUGAUAUGUAAUUUUUCCCAGAAGCAAAAGCUUACGCCAGGUUAUCGUGCUUGUAGUCCAGAGUGUGUUAGUCAUCCGUGUUUACUGCCAUGAAUCGUUCUGUUAAAAAGAUCUCUUAUUCCAGCAAUGAUGACUAGUCACGCUCGUCACUGGGGCCGAUUUUGAUCCCUUCUUCCAUCUUGAAUAUAACCGAAGACUGUCUGACAUCCUAAUAAGUCCUGCUAGACUUGUGUGAGCACACUUCACAGAUCUUUGGUUUUCAGACAGAUGAACAUAAAACCAUGCGAUUGGUUGCCAACUAAUUUACUUGCAGACAAAAAACUGCCAAUCUUUAUGAACCACUUCGCCAAGCUGUAGCCUAAACGAAAUUUCUGCUCUCGUGCGAUGCACAGGAGCACAGGAACGCUAUGAUUGGAAUAAGGGUUUUGUUCAUUGCCUAGGGCACUUACUUCUACUCAUGCUUGUAUGGUCUGGUGGACAGAUAUACUGAUGGAAACACUAGUGAUCCUUUCUGUGGGCAUAAUUAGUAAGUCUGCCACUUCUACAAGAUCGUCUGGAUUCGCCACUUAAAAUGCUAUAUUUAAUUUUAAGAUGAAUGCAAUCCAAUUCACUUUCUCCCAAUAGGCAAUAUCACCAGAAGCACUGGUGGAAAAGGUGGCACAGAAGAUCGCCGGCGUGAAAAACGUCAUUACCAGCGAGGCGGAGGAAGAGGUAGCAGCACCACUGACCAGUCCGAGGCAAGUAAUCUUAGCUGGCCUUGUGAAUGAAUGUUUCCGAGCAGUGUGUUUCUAUGCAUUGCUGUAAACUUUGGUUUUUGUUUUCCUAGGAGAGAGAGAGAGUAAUGUAAUAACAUCGUUCCUUCUUUCCUUCUGUUUAGUUAUCUGGAGUCAUCAAAGGAGGAGCGAACAGAAGUAAUUCACACCGAUGGUGCCUACCCUGGGUUUUCAGGUAGGCCUCUAAAAGGCCUUAUCAGUACACCUAUUGAUGUGGUCGUGACGGCAGCAUCCGAAAGUCUGGAUGAAGACUCCUCUCUACUCCAUUCUCAGAGUCUUCCUUCACUUCUCUUCACGCCUACGCAGUUCACAGAAAAAAUCGGAGGACUACAAUCCCUUCUGAGUAUUCGUCGCACUCCUCUGGGUGAGGAGACAAUCGCAAAAGAAGACUCCUUCUGGUCUGAUGACACACACAGUCGUCCAUCUCUACCAUCAACUCUGCCCUAUACAAGUCGUGAAAUUACCCCUCUAGGCGUUGGGAUCCGUCAGUCCGAUGUCCCAACACCUCACUCAUUGAAGGAAGGUGGACCGGGUCGUCUUGAAGUCACCGGCAGGCACUAUAAACCGCCACCCCCUCUGGAAAUACGCCCUCGGUUGGCAAAAUAUCAUGAACGUUAUGGAGCCCUGCCUCCACUUCAGGGUAGAACUCUGGCUGUUCAUAGUCUCGAGCCAUCUGACUCCCUGGUCUCCCUGACUCCUGACUACCUCCAGACUAGCAGCUUGCUGGAGACGGAAGAGGGGGAGGGUUCAGGUCUCGUCACCUCGGUCAGCCCGAAGACCCCUGUCGAAGUCUCCCAGCCCUUGACUCCUCCUUUACCUAUUCUUUCUGCAAGUGCCGAUGCUACUGACUCCUCUGUCCUGGCAGUGCCGGAGGAGCAGGUCAUGGAUUGGUACGUUAAGUGUGUCGCCGAAGGGAACCUACUGCAGAAAGAACAGGUUCCUCCUGCAUCACUGCCCACGAUAAAACAGUCAAAGAGGAGUUUCUACUUUGCCGCCAAACUGUCAUCCAUGCCAGUGGAUGAGGAGUUGUGCGAGCUGGAAGUCGAGAAGACGGAUGCUCUGGGCUCCCCCGAGACCCUUCAUGAUUCUCUAGCUACAAGCAGAUCCUCUGCUGCACAGUUAUUUGGUCCUCGAAAAAGUAAUCUCCUCCAGGCUGCUCGUAACCUUCUGGAGUUCGACAAACACACUAUGCACAUGGCGAGUGGAAACCGAAAGCGGGAAAUUAAACGACAGUUGCGUAUGAAUCGAAUAAUUCAACAGUUACGCAAGAAACUUAGGCCUACCGAGAUCGCAGAACUAUUUUCCGAUCUGUAUACGCGUAAUCCAAGCAAACGCACUGAAAUCCUCUUGGAGGAAACCGGAAAAAUUGUCGAUGCAAUGACGAAGUAA